UGCUGGCUCUAUAGCUGCUGCUGAUGCUGUCACUUCAUAUGGCUCACACUGCUGCACAGCACCUGCUUAAAGCAUAAAGAGAUGUGGCAGCUCGAGGAUUCACGACAGUGCUGCUUUUUAUCAGGAGGCAUUUCUGACGAAUGCACAGUCACCAUGUUACGGAAUAUGACAAUAGAUGGAGUCAUUUGAAAGCCAUGCGUUUUCUCCCACUGUUGGCAGGCAGGUAUUUUCCUACAGCCAGGCGUCGUACUGGGAAAGCAUCAUUUCAUUUGGCACUGCCGCUGGCUGCUGAUUUAGCAUGAAUGCUAGCUAACUAAUAGACAACAUGCAUGUUUAUUUUUAUGCGUUGAAGCAACGUUAACCGGCAACGUUAGAGGUUUUUUUUUAAUGUCAUGAAUUGUCAUUACCCGCCUCAUGGGGGGCACACACACAUCCCUGCAUAAGUCACAACCUCCAGACAGAAACUCUGAAGUGAUUGUUUCUUGUUAGCUUACAUUUCCUAAACCGUUGUGGAAAGAAGCCGCGAGGACAGCUGACAUUCUGAGAAACUACAGAUUCAUUUGCCGUCUUUGAAGUGUGGUGCAGGUUUUGUCCCGCGUUUUGGCUUGUAGGCAGGUAAAAGAAACUUCAGGUAUGGACUGUCAGGUAGGAUAAAUAAUGUGGAGCAGCUCUUCAGGACUGCCACAGCACACCGGCUUCGUGUUAACCCAGGCCAGUCCUCAGACCUGUCCGCUGCUCUCCACCACGGGGCAUUAAAGCAGCCUCCACACACCCUUCCUCUGACUAUGAGGACUUCGCUGUCCACCUUUUUGUCUCCAGCUGUGUAGUGUAAGCCGCCUGUCUGUCUGUCUGUGGAGGCUUUUUGAAGCAGCAGUGAAGCAGUCAUGACAAGGCAGUUCUCCGGUCUGCCAGCCUUUCAGACAGAGGAUGGACACAGACAGAAGUAACGCACAGUCCCAUGUGCAGGAUGUGUUAAAACCAGGGGUUCCCACACGUUUUCACACCAAUAACCCCUGAAUUACUCUACACACUCAGCAGACAGGAUUUGAUGAGACAUUGCAACAGGGGACCUCAUCUGAGCUUCUUGUGGAUUACUGUCGGUGCUGUCAUCUGGGACAGAGACACCUGUGAUCACAUUGUUCAACUGUACUAAAAUCUAAGAGAACUUUUCGACCAUGCACUGAAGACUGAACCGGAAGCCUUAGUGAGAGUCAAGUUUACAUGGACUCAGCCAUGCCUGUCAGAAAAAAAGACACAGCUCGAGCCUUGGGGCUUUUGGAGGAGUACUGCACUAAACUGAGGACACCAGAGGAGCAGCAGCUCAAGACUGCCAUUCAGAGAGUGAUGGGGAUUUUCAAAAGCAACCUGUUUGAAGCUCUUCUUGAUAUCCAGGAGUUCUAUGAAGUGACACUGCUUAACACACAAAAGAGCUGCGAGCAAAAGCUGGAGGAGGUCAACCACAUGGCAGACAAGUGGGAGAAGAGUGUUUCUGUACCAAACUCUGAGCUUGCACACUCUGCCUGUCCAGUGGAGGAGCAGAGGGAGCAGAGCAGCUCAGAGCCCAGUGGGAUGGAACAGGGAGAGAGCAGUGCCAAGACCUCUGAGAACAGGCCACCAGCAGUACAGGGGUCACCCCACAACGGCCAGCCCCCAUCCUGCAUGACCCCUGCCUUGAUGAACGCUCCCUGGCAGUACCACUACCAAGAGGAUGACUCGCCACCUCUUGACCAGGGAUUCCCGCGUCUCACCAACGAGGUGCGUGCCCCCGAGCUGGUGCACGUAUCUGAGAAGAACCUGUCUGAGAUCGAGAAUGUGCACGGCUAUGUGUCCCAUUCCCACAUCUCUCCUCUCAAGGCCAGCCCUGCUCCGAUAAUCGUCAACACAGACACUUUGGAUUCAGUUCCUUAUGUCAACGGCACAGAAAUUGAAUAUGAGUUUGAGGAAAUCACUCUAGAGCGGGGUAACUCAGGAUUGGGUUUUAGCAUUGCUGGAGGGACAGAUAACCCACACAUCGGUGAUGACCCUGGCAUCUUCAUCACCAAGAUCAUCCCUGGAGGUGCUGCAGCAGAGGAUGGACGCCUGAGAGUAAAUGACUGCAUCCUGCGAGUCAACGAUGCAGACGUGUCUGAGGUUUCCCACAGCAAGGCAGUAGAGGCCCUGAAGGUUGCAGGUUCUAUUGUCCGGCUGUAUGUGCGGCGCCGCAGGCCAAUGUUAGAAACCAUCAUUGAGAUUAAACUCAUCAAAGGACCAAAAGGGCUUGGCUUCAGUAUUGCAGGUGGAGUUGGAAACCAGCACAUCCCUGGUGACAACAGCAUAUACGUCACUAAAAUUAUUGACGGCGGGGCAGCACAGAAGGAUGGCCGACUACAAGUGGGAGACAGGUUGUUAAUGGUGAACAACUACAGUCUGGAGGAAGUGUCUCAUGAGGAAGCUGUGGCCAUUCUGAAGAACACGUCGGACGUGGUCUACCUAAAGGUGGGGAAGCCCACCAAUGUCUACCUAUCAGAUCCCUAUGGGCCUCCUGAUAUCACACACUCUUUCUCUCCAGCCAUGGAAAAUCAUAUCUCUUCCCCCAUCAACAGUGGCACUCUGGAGUACAAGUCUGGUCUCACCCCCAUCUCCCCUGGGAGUUAUUCCCCCCUCCCUAAGCAUUUAGUGGGGGAAGAGGAUAUAAACAGGUUGGAUGGUUUUUCCUUCUUACGAAAUCCCUCGCUAGAUGAUGGGGAGGGUCACAGAUUUGAGUCCCAGCACUUCCAGUUGAGGCCUCCUGAGCCAGUUUACAGCACUGUGAACAAACUAUGUGACAAAGCACCCUCCCCCCGACACUAUUCCCCAGUGGAGUGCGACAAAAGUCUCCUCCACUCCAUCCCCCUCCCAAACUAUCACUUAGGCCUGUUCCCUGACUCGGACAUCACCAGGGAACCCAGGAAGGUCGUGCUCCACAAAGGCUCCACAGGCCUGGGUUUCAACAUCGUAGGCGGUGAAGAUGGCGAGGGCAUCUUUGUCUCCUUCAUCCUGGCUGGAGGGCCCGCUGAUCUGAGUGGAGAGCUGCGGCGAGGCGACCAGAUCUUAUCGGUGAAUGGCAUUGACCUACGAGGAGCCACACAUGAACAAGCAGCAGCAGCACUGAAAGGAGCAGGACAGGUGGUCACCAUCAUCGCCCAGUACAGACCAGAAGAGUACGGGCGUUUUGAGGCCAAAAUCCAUGACCUGCGGGAACAGAUGAUGAACCACAGCAUGAGCUCUGGGUCGGGAUCUCUGCGAACCAAUCAAAAGAGAUCGCUCUAUGUGAGGGCACUGUUUGACUAUGAGAAGUCAAAGGACAGCGGCCUCCCCAGCCAAGGACUCAGCUUCAGGUACGGGGACAUCCUCCACGUCAUCAACGCCUCAGAUGAUGAGUGGUGGCAGGCCCGUCGUGUGACCCCACAUGGAGACAGUGAGGAAAUGGGUGUCAUCCCCAGCAAGAGACGGGUGGAAAGGAAAGAGCGGGCACGUCUGAAGACUGUGAAAUUCAAUGCCAAGCCAGGGUCAUUUGACUCAAAAGGGUCAUUCAAUGACAAACGUAAAAAGAAUUUCAUCUUCACACGAAAGUUCCCAUUCUACAAGAACAAAGAGGGUGAGCAGGAUGGCAGUGAUUCAGACCGGAGUCAAGAGGACGUGAUUCUCUCAUAUGAACCUGUGAUGCGACAGGAAAUUAAUUAUGCCAGACCCAUCAUCAUCCUCGGACCGAUGAAAGACAGAAUCAAUGAUGAUCUGAUAUCAGAGUUCCCAGACAAGUUUGGUUCUUGUGUUCCACAUACCACUCGGCCAAAGAGGGACUACGAGGUGGACGGACGAGACUACCACUUUGUGAUGUCCAGGGAGCAGAUGGAGAAAGACAUCCAAGAGCACAAGUUCAUUGAGGCGGGACAGUACAAUGAUAAUCUGUAUGGAACGAGUGUCCAGUCUGUGAAAUAUGUGGCUGAAAGGGGUAAACACUGCAUUCUAGAUGUGUCUGGAAAUGCCAUCAAACGACUACAAGUAGCACAACUCUAUCCCAUCGCCAUCUUCAUAAAACCUAAGUCUAUUGAUUCAUUAAUGGAUAUGAAUAAGAGACUGACAGAGGAACAAGCCAAGAAGACGUUUGACAGGGCUAUGAAGCUGGAGCAGGAGUUUGGUGAAUUCUUCACAGCCCUGGUUCAAGGAGACACCUUAGAGGACAUUUAUAACCACUGCAAACAGGUCAUAGAGGAACAUUCAGGACCCUAUAUCUGGAUCCCCUCAAAGGAGAAACUAUAAUAACUCAUCACCCUGGAAGGGAGUCUGGACUGCUAGAAACUAGUAAUAAGUUGUAACAUAUGAUAACUGUAUGGCGAUGAAUAGUCUUCAUAAAUACUUAUUGUGAAUAUGUUUUUUUUUUUUUUUUUUUUUUUUUUUCUCUUUUGUUUGGUUAUUGCUUCAUUUUUCACUCAACAUGAAUGUUCCUGAAUGUAUACCACAAAGUGUUAGAAAAUUUUAGGUCUUGAAACAUGAACCGUUUGUAUAUUUGUUGAUUUUUAUUUGGACAAAAAGGAAAAGACAUGUAAUGAAAAGUAAAUAAAUGUGGGGUAUGUGUCCACAUCAGCACUGUGUGGAAUUUUAAACAGGAAAUUGGAGGUGGUAUAUACAGUGCAGAUGUCUUUGCUUUGCCAACAUAGGAGGAAAAGUAGGUACUCCGACUCAGACACCCUCACCCUCCCCUCACACUGCAACAACUAGCAAAUAAUCAUAUGAAGUUCAAUGUUUUGUCUGGAUUUAGCAUCUGUGCAUCCCCUGAACACAGCUUUGCUUUUUGUUUGUUUACAUCAUCAUUUCUUCUUUGAAUUAUUGUAUUUAUUUCUCUGACAUGAUGUUGAGGAUGUGUGAGGAAAAUGUUUUAUUCACUGUAUAAUUUUCAUGUUUUGUUUUGUUUUGUUUUUUUUACUUAAAAGCAGACAUUACUCAUCCAGCUGUUGCAUUGACAAUGAUAAGUAAAGGGAGAAAGCUGCUAUAGGCAACGGAGAUGUAACACUAUAUUUUGCUACUUAAAUUUCAAGAGGGCACAAAAGCACAUAAUUAUUUAUUACUGAAAAUAUAACUUUGAUUAAAACGUCAUUUACAGAGCAUAUUUUAUUUGAGUGAUGUAUGUUGUGAUUGUGUUAGGAUGGGUGGGAACAUAAUGGUGAAAGAUGCAUUCGAUGUUCACAGUAUUUUGUAGAUUUGCAGUAGAGAGGGUGCUCAAAGUAGAUUCAAUGUAAUACUGAAACACAUUUUUGUCUUUUACACUAAUAGGACAGUGAAGUAUAGGAAUAACAAUAAAAGACAGAUACUUUUUGACCAUAGAAAAUAUCUGACAGAAAAAAAGCAAAGAAGGCAGAAGAUGAAAGUGAAAGCAUAAAUUGGAGACAAUGAAGUUAAGUAUCAAAUACUAAUAUUCUGUAGCAACAUUACGGAGUCAUUACAGACUUGAAAGACUAAAGAAGGUGAGUUUAACUGAAAAUGAUACUGAUUCAGAUGGCUUGUUCUCUUUUUGCAGUGUUCCACAGUCCUAAUGAUUUAUAAUCCACAGUCUGACCAGCGACCCUGAGGCUGCUCUCCAGUUCACAUACCAUUCAAAAUAACAUGAAGCAUUAAAACCAGUCAGAGCAAAGUUAAAAACCAAUUGUAAAAACUCAAAUGAGUUUUACAAUGAGUUCUCCUCAGCCACAGCUGCACAAAAAUAAUCUGGAAAAUGUCCAGUGACAUUUGAUUCAGCAUGUUUAUUUAUUCUCUCAACUGUUGAGUAAAGCAGUUAUUUAUUCCAGAGUUCAUGGUUCAGCCUGUGAUGAUCUGAAUGCUGUUUCAGAGGCUUUUUCCACCCUGACAUGAAUCACUGAGGAUUAGAUUGUCUGGUAUAAAAAUGUAAACAUCUAAAAAAUACUAAUUAUGGACACAAAGUAUUAGCCAUUGGUGACUUCAGCCUAAAACAUUGACCCUCAGAUGGUUUAUCAGUGAUCCUUAGUGAUUACAUCUCCUACCUCUGGUUCAAACAGAAAGCUGUAUCAGUAGCUACAAGGCCGACUUUCUCUCAUGAGACAGUCUUACUUAUAAGAUGUUUCUGAGCUGGAGAAUUCAUGACUAAACAUCCCUUUUAACUCAUUCCCAAGUCAGAUCUGGUUUGAAAACCACCUUUAAAUUUCCAGCAGAACACCUGACAGAGUAAGAAGAACUAUCCUGAAUCCACUAAAGAGAGCAAGGAGAGAUGAAUAAAGCUGUUUCAGAUUUAUUGUUUGGUUGAGAAGUGGAGUCCUGAUGUCCUGAGCAGACCCUUAAUUGAGCCAGCACGAUACAAUAUAUCCACAAUAUAGUUUACUCAACAGUGCUUGCCUUGUUUGAAAGGGCAUACGAUAUAGUACCUCGCUUUGUUGAAAUUAAAGAUAGAAAUCCAUUAUCUACUUAAAGCACUUGGCAUGACUAACGUAUCUACCAGUGUGAUAACCUUCCUGUUCAGUUGAACUGCAACACCAUUGGCUGUUAAUUCCCAUAACAACAAUUUGUGAGUGAUAUAUAUUCUAGUAUUCCUGCUCUUUGAUUUAGACAGCAUGUUUCACCCAACCUGUUAUCAAGUAAAUAUAGUAGUUCCAUUAAUUACAGGUGUGUUUCUAAUCAAUGGGACAUUUCAAAAGUGCACUUAUUCAUUAUUUUUAGUAAAUCAAAUAGACACUAUGAUAACGGUAAUGAUUACAACUUUUAAAGCAAAUAUAAAUUAAAUUGAUUAUUGUGUGAGAUUGCACAGUGGAACCUGAGAAGACUGAAUCCUGACCUGCUUGUAUGGACCACAUACUGUACUUGUAGAAGACUGAUAAGAAGCACUUAAAACACGCCGCCAUUUCUGAAACGAGUGUUUAACUUUGAAGAUGAAAAAGAUGUUUUUAUGUACAGAUAGGAUCAUUUUUCUCUUGUCCCUUGUUAUAAAUUGGUUGAGAUUUGUGUCUGAUAGUAAAACACGCAUCAAAAAUACUUUUCAGCGUUGAUAUUUGUAGAUCAACACUAGUGUAUCCUUUUAUUUUUUGCAAUAUGUUUCUGGAAAUCUGUCAUCAUUCUUUUGCAAAUUUUCCAUAACUUGUUGGUCACCACUUGCCUUAACAGAGUAGGUUUACGGUAUAUCAGAGAUGAAAGCUUAUAAAUGUACUUUUCCUUUGAGAAUAGAACAUUUUAUUUAAUCCUCCUUCACAUCUAUACUCUAGUGAAAGAAGGCUGAAUCAAUUAUAUAUACAUCAUUAUGCUGAGGCUGUUGGAGCCUUGUUCUGAUAAAGUUAAAGGCUGAAGAGAUAUUUUAUAUUUUGUAAUUUUAUCUUAAAGACAAGCAUUUCUGUGGCAACAAGAAAAACAUUUUAAAAUGCAAAUGGUGAAUGAUGAGACACCUUAAUAUUUUGACCCUUGUUUUUCAAAAGUGUUAUUGGCCAGCAAUAUGACCACGUGUCAGAAAAUAUAUCUUCAUAUACUGGCUUGAUAAUAAUGCUAAACCUGAUAUAGUACUUCCAAAGUCAUUGUGAACAGUGUAACACAUGAUAUUUUACAGGCCAGUGGGGAUUUUUGUGUGGAAAUGUAAAGGAUGUCUGACCUAUGCAUGUUGCAACAGUCUUCUGUUUCCUGUGGAUGUGCAAUAUUCAACACAACUGAAGCGUUGAGGUACUUGAUGUGUUUUGAGACAUGAUCAAACUGCAGAUUUGAAUCAUUCAAUCAGACUUGUGUCUAUUUUAAACCCAAAUAAAAAAACACUGUUGUAAGAGGGGGUGUCCAAGCAAUAUGUUUUGGUUAGCU